AUGAAGACUACUGCUCUUCUCACCACCCUCUCGGCCCUCAUUCACCAAUCCAUCGCCAACCUCGAUGUGAUUACCCUCUAUGCCAAGACCAGUGCCUACAUCCAGGAGGCUUCUGCCACGCUUGUUGUCGGAGAUGUCCCUAACCCCAUCACUGGAGAUGUCGCUCUGUGGAGUGCCAUCAUGAUGGAGAACCAGGCUUCUUUUCUUCAGGGUGUUACCGAGAAUGCUCCUCAAGGUCUCGGAUAUUGCACCAACCUCGGAAAGCAGUGGUGCAACUUUGCCUAUGCUCUAGUCAAUCAGAGUUCUGAGCCCAAAAACGGGAAACCAGUCAAGGCCGCCCCAGGAUCUCGCAUCAAGACGCACUACAAGCUGAAUUCUCAGACGCAAAUGUGGGACCAGAACCUCUAUAUCAACGACAAACUGGUUUCCAGCGUCUCUACCAGCCAAGGACAGCACGGCGAAAUCUUUUACAUCUCUGUCGAGUGUGCAGCUGGCACUUGUGCCACUGCUCCCGCCCACAGCUGGGAGGAUGUUUCCAUCACCCUGAGCCAGGCUGAUUCAAGCUUUGGACGCUCCGGAGGCUGGCAGUAUGGCGCCACCGGUGGAAAGAUGUCGAGCCCCGAUGGCGGCAAGACUUGGCGAUUCACCUCCCUGAAGGUCCCAGCCACUAACCCUUAA